AGAAUUGCUACUCAAGACUCGAGUGUCUUCACGUUUUAGCAGGUUCCAGUCAGUACCUGUCUUUGUUUACGUUCACAAUGUCUUAUAAUCAAAAACGACCUGGACCUGGUGGUUCCAGCCAACCUACCGAACGUCCUCGAAAGGAAUCCAUCUUAGAUUUAUCCCGCUACCAAGACCAACGUAUUCAAGCCAAACUUACUGGUGGGCGUCAAAUUUCCGGUGUCCUGAAAGGCUAUGAUCAAUUGAUGAAUUUGGUACUAGACGACGUUGAAGAAAAUCUGCGCGAUCCGGAAGACGGACGGGUACUUGAUGAGACGAGAAAAUUGGGAUUAGUUGUUGUUAGAGGUACAACGUUGGUUUUGUUGGCGCCGAUGGACGGAAGCGAGGAGAUUCCCAACCCUUUUGUCCAACAAUAAACAGCAUCGUAGAAAUGAACAAAAUGUAUUAACACGAGCACCAUACACAUUCUUCCAUUCUUUUUUUUUUUUAAAGAGAUGUCAACUUCGUAGCAAAACAGUACUUUCUAUUUUCUCGCUUCCAUCGCAA